AUGAGCCACCCACCGUGCCUGGACCCCAGCCUGGCUGCUGGGGAGAUGCAGUCCCCCAGGACGGCAGGGAAGAAGCGAGGGCGGCCCCCGCUGCAGCCCGCGCCCAUCAAAGCGGCUGUUCACAACCUCUUCCCAGUGCCAGCCGGGGCUCUGCCAGUAGUGAAGAUCCCAAAGAAGAGAGGCAGAAAACCCGGCCACAAGCUGAAAUCUCGUGUCCUGAUGACUCCUCUAGCAAUCUCUCCGCCGAGAAGCACGCCGGAGCCGGAUAUUAGCUCAAUCCCCCAGGAUGCAGCUACAGUACCCAACUCGGACACCCCACAGGCUCUCACAGUCUGCAUUUAUGUCAACAAACAAGCGAACCUGGGGCCGUACCUUGACAGAAAAAAGGUGCAGCAGCUGCCGGAGCACUUUGGCCCGGAGCGGCCGGCGGCGGCCCUGCGGCAAGCAGUGCAAGCCUGCAUCGACUGUGCACUCCAGCAAAAGGUGGUCUUCUCCCUCAUCAGGCAGGGCUAUGGAGGAGAGAUGGUGUCAGUUUCAGCUUCCUUUGAGGGGAAGCAGCAUCUGCAGAGCCUGCUGGUAGUGAACAGCAUCGGGUACGUCCUGCGCUUCCUGAAGAAGCUGUGCCGCAGCCUCCAGUGCGCCAACCUCUUCAGCAACCAGCCCUUCCCGCAGGGCGGCGCCGCGGCCGACAGCGCCGAGGGCUACCAAAGCACGCGCAUGGAGGCAGAGACAGUUAUACCUGAGGACUACCUGGCUGGUGCUCCGAACAGGAAGCCGUACAGUGUGGAUCCUGCCGAUGCUGCCUUGGGUUCCAUGGGCUCCAUGUACACCGUGCGCCCGAGUCCUGCAGAUGGACACCCUGCUGGAGGCUUCUCUCCCUCCCGUGGCCAUCAUCCUGCCCAGAUGUCUUCAGGGGGGUCCUCAUCUACUGGCCUGCGGCAUCAGACCUCCAGCCCAACAAGGAAUGGGGCCUAUCUUGAAGGAAACAGAAGUGCCUCAAGUCCUUCACCUGAACGACAGGAUGCAGCUCAGCCAUCAAGCAAGAAUCCUUUGACCUGGACAGUGGAUGAUGUGGUUUGGUUUGUGAAGGAUGCAGACCCUCAAGCUUUAGGCCCUCACGUGGAGCUCUUCAGAAAACACGAAAUUGAUGGCAACGCUUUGUUACUGCUGAAAAGCGACAUGAUCAUGAAAUACCUGGGGCUGAAAUUGGGACCAGCACUGAAACUGUGUUACCACAUUGAUAAGCUCAAGCAAGCCAAGUUCUAAUAAUUUCUUGAACAACAGAAUAUGAAAAAAUAUCUAGAUGGAAGACUAAAGGUAACAUGUUGCCUUACAGAAAUGCAUUCAUUUGCAGAUUGCUUUUCCUUCUUUUUUAU